UAUUAACUGACAUUGAGUAUAAUUAUGGGCUUCUUCUAGUAACUAAGUAUCGUCUCCAUCUAUCAUGUAGCAUUCCGACGACCACCCCUACCUUACCUAUCUAGGCAAUCGGCUAUAUCUCCCGAAAGCACGCCUUGUCUCACACUAAGCCACCUCCCACUCCGCACCUCACUUUUCAAACCAUGCCGAAGAUAUUGCUGUUCGGCGCCGGUUCCCUCGGGAUUCCAUAUGCGUAUGUUUUGUCUAAAGCAAUUGGACAGGAUAACGUUACCGCGGUAUGCCGGUCUAACUACGCCGAGGCGUCCCGCAGCGGCUUCACCAUCCACUCCAAGCUCUGGGGCGAUAACCUGCACUUUCAGCCCCGCGUCGCGCGGUCCGUUGCCGAGGCCGUAGAACCGUCUUCCGCCGCAGACGGCGCAGAGAAGCCCGUCUUCGACUACGUCGUCGUAGCCACCAAGGCUCUUCCCACUUCCCCGUCCAUCGCGGAGCUCAUCGGGCCCGCGGUCACGCAGGCCAAGACGGGCAUCGUGCUGAUCCAGAACGGGAUCGCGAUCGAGGAGGCGUACGCGCGGCGCUACCCCGCGAACCCGAUCCUCAGCGCCGUCGCCUACUUCCCCGCGACCCAGGUCAGCCCCGCCGUGGUCCAGCACCGCGAGAUCGAGACCUUGCACGUGGGCACGUAUCCGGCGGAGGCCCCCGCCGCGCAUAAGGAGGCGGCGAAGGGGUUCGUGGAUUUGUUGACGAGGGGAGGCGCGACGGGAAAGCUGCGCGAGGAUGUGCAGCGCGAGAGGUGGGGCAAGUUGCUUGUUAAUGGCGUCUGGAACCCGACGUGUGCGCUCACGAGGCUGCGGGAUAGGCAGUUCAUCGAGGCGGGCCGGAGCUUGGAUCUGGAAGGUGCGAAUGCGAGCGGGAGCGGCAGCGGGAGUGGGAAUGCGGGGAUGGGAGACGGGUUGGCGUUUGUUAAGGAGGUUAUGAUGGAGAUCGCGGCGAUCGCGCAGGCGUGCGGGUACGCGGACGUGAACGAGGAGUUGGUGGAUUUCCAGAUUAAUAGGGCGGCUGUGAGGGAUUUGCCGGGCGUGCAGCCGUCGAUGCUGACGGAUGCGUUUGAGGGGCGGAGCAUGGAGGUCGAUGCUAUUGUGGGAAACGCGGUUAGGUUGGCGAGGAAGAAGGGCGUGCCGGUGCCGAUGCUGAAGACGAUUUAUUUGCUUGCUAAUGGGUUGAGCGAGAGCUUUGCGAAGAAAUAGGGGGUGAAAUAGAUCCGGUAGUAUAAGGAUGUCUGGUUAGUAAAGGGGGGAGGUAGAGUUCCCGUACUGAUUUCUACGAUAGAACUCAUGCCGAUACCAAUCACUUUAGAUAUAAUAGAUGCCCCCUUUUUAGUAGAUUCUAUGGAAGGU